CGCGCCGAGCCCCGCAAAUCUCCGGCUGAACUAUGCAAAAAGUAUCAAAUGUUUUGAUCACUAAUAACUUGAUAAAUGGAGAGCAGUAACAGUCUCAGGAUCCCCACACGUGUCACGCGUCUGAAGGUAACCUGGUAAUGGGGCCGAAAAAUGUAUGGAAGUGAAAAGAGCAUUUCCACGUCAGGUGAAGGGGGGCCUGCUAUGAUGGCUCAAGAGUACUGCUGUGCCUCGGCAGAUGAGGGAGCAGAGAGCGGCCCACACGUCCCAUUCGUGUUGGAGAGAAGGGAGAAGGAGGAGGAAAGCUGGAGGACAGCCGUUUCACACCAACUGAAAAAGCAGUGCACAUGCAGCUCAGAGCGAGCCAAAGCCCAGGUUCUAGGGUUCGUCCCCAUCCUGAAAUGGCUGCCACGCUACCAGCUCAAAGAUUGGAUCCUGGGUGACGUCAUGUCAGGGUUGAUAGUGGGCAUCCUGCUGGUGCCCCAGUCCAUUGCCUAUUCUCUGCUGGCAGGCCAGGACCCUAUCUAUGGCCUCUACACCUCCUUCUUCUCCAGCAUCAUCUACACCCUGCUGGGCACCUCACGCCACAUCUCUGUGGGCAUCUUCGGGGUGCUGUGCCUGCUGGUGGGCCAGGUGGUGGACAGGGAGUUGGCACUGGCAGGGUACAUCACAGAGAGUAUCAGGAACAACGCUACCCUGGGACUGGGCAUGGGGAACAGCACCGGAGGGCCGGUCUGUGAUAGGAGCUGCUAUGCCAUCAUGGUGGGGACCACAGUCACAUUUACAGCAGGGGUCUACCAGGUGUUGAUGGGCCUCCUGCAGGUGGGCUUUGUAUCUGUGUACCUGUCAGACUCCCUCCUGAGUGGCUUCGCCACGGGGGCCUCUCUCACCAUCCUGACCUCCCAGGUCAAGUACCUCCUGGGACUGGAGUUGCCCCGCGCCCAGGGCUGGGGUUCCCUCAUCAAGACCUGGGUCAGCCUCUUCCAGAACCUGGGCCAGACCAACCUCUGUGACCUGGUCACCAGCAUGGUGUGCCUGGCGGUGCUGGUCCCCACCAAAGAACUCAACGACCGCUUCAAGGCCAAGCUCAAAGCCCCCAUCCCCUUCGAGCUGUUUGUUGUCAUUGCUGCCACUCUGGCCUCCCACUUCGGUCACUUCGAAGAGGAGUACGGCUCGAAAGUGGCCGGCGCCAUCCCCACGGGCUUCCUGCCCCCCCAGCUCCCGUCCUGGUCUCUGAUCCCCAACGUGGCGGUAGAUGCCUUCUCCAUAGCCAUCGUGGGCUUUGCCAUCACCGUCUCCCUGUCUGAGAUGUUUGCCAAGAAGCACGGCUACGUGGUAGAUCCCAACCAGGAGAUGUACGCCAUAGGCUUCUGUAACAUUCUGCCCUCCUUCUUUCGCUGUUUCACCACCAGCGCUGCCUUGACCAAGACCCUGGUGAAGGAGUCUACAGGCUGCCAGACUCAGAUGUCUGGCCUGGUCACAGCCCUGGUGCUGCUGCUGGUGCUGCUGGUCAUUUCCCCCCUCUUCUACUCUCUGCAGAGGUGUGUGCUAGCAGUGAUCAUCUUGGUGAAUCUCCGGGGAGCAUUGCUUAAGUUCACAGACGUCCCGCGGAUGUGGCGUGUGAACCGCUUGGACGCCGCCAUCUGGCUGGUGACCAUGGCAACCUCAGCGUUGAUAAACACAGAGCUAGGCCUGCUGGUUGGGGUUAUGGUCUCAGCCUUCUGUGUGUUGGGGCGCACCCAGAGAGCCCAGGCCUUAGAGCUGGGCCGGGCUGGCCAUCGGGAGCUUUAUGAGGACCUAGCCUCCUACAAGGGCCUGCAGUCCCAGCCUGGAGUGGCCAUCUUCCGCUACGAGGCGCCCAUCUACUACGCCAACCAGAGCCUGUUCAAGAAGGCCCUGUACCGCUGCCUGGGCCUGGAUCCCGUCAAGGAGAAGGCCCGGCGCAGGAAGCUGGAAAAACAUAGGAGAAAGCAAGAAGAAGUAGCCAUGACGACAGGAGGGGAGGGCGGGACUAAGGGUAAAGAGAAAGAGUUGACCACCACCACCAAAGUCUUCCUACCAAAUCAAGUCAACUUCCACUCUGUGGUGAUAGACUGCAGCCCGGUGCUGUUCCUGGACACAGCAGGGGUCAAUGCAUUGAAGGAGGUGUAUAAGGAUUAUAAGGAGAAUGGGGUACAGGUGUUCCUGGCCCAGUGUAAUACCUCAGUACUGGAGUCACUGAACAGAGGUGGCUACUACCCAGAGAAGGGUAUGGGAGAAAAGGAAAGAGUGUUUUUCACCAUCAGCGAUGCCGUCCUCUAUGCACAGAGCCUCUCAUCUCAGAAUGGUGACUGUGACACGUCCUGUUAACAAGAGCUUUAAAGAUUGUACAGUACCUUCGGAACGUAUUCAGACCUUUUAACUUUAGUCACAUUUUGUUACAUUACAGCCUUAUUCUAAAAUGGAUUAUAUAAAUACAAAUGCUCAGCAAUCUACACACAAUACACCAUAAUGACAAAGCGAAAAGUGUUUUUUAGAAAUUCUAGCAAAUGUAUUAACAUUAUUAAACAGAUAUACCUUAUUUACAUAAGUAUUCAGACCCUUUGCUAUGAGGCUCGAAAUUGAACUCAGGUGCAUCCUGCUUCCAUUGAUUUGGAAAGGCACACACCUGUCUAUAUAAGGUCCCACAGUUGACAGUGUGUGUCAGAGCAAAACCCAAGCCAUGAGGUCAAGGAAUUGUCCGUAGAGCUCCGAGACAGGAUUGUGGGGAGGCAUAGAUCUGGGGAAGGGUACCAAAACAAUUCUGCAGCAUUGAAUGUCCCCAAGAACACAGCGGCCUCCAUAAUUCUUAAAUGGAAGAAGUUUAGAACCACCAAAACUCUUCCUAGAGCUGGCCGCCUGGCCAAACUGAGCAAUCGGGGGAGAAGGGCCUUGGUCAGGGAGGUGACCAAGAACCUGAUGGUCACUCUGACAGAGCUCUAGACAGAGCUCUAGAGUUCCUCUGUGGAGAUGGGAGAAACUUCCAGAAGGACAACUAUCUCGGCAGUACUCCACCAAUCAGGCCUUUAUGGUAGAGUGGCCAGACGGAAGCCACUCCUCAGAAAAAUGGCACAUGACAGCCCGCUUGGAGUUUGCCAAAAGGCACCUAAAGACUCUCAGACCAUGAGAAAAAAUAUUCUCUGGUCUGAUGAAACCAAGAUUGAACUCUUUGGCCUGAAUGCCAAGUGUCACAUCUAGAGGAAACCUGGCAACAUCCCUAAGGUGAAGCAUGGUGAUGGUAGCAUAAUGCUGUGGGGAUGUUUUUCAGCGGCAGCGGCAGGGACUGAGGGACUAGUCAGGAUCGAGGCAAAGAUGAAUGGAGCUAUGUACAGAGAGAUUUCUUGAUGAAAACCUGCUCCAGAGCCUCAGACUGGGGCGAAGGUUCAUCUUCCAACAAGAAAACGACCCUAAGCACACAGCCAAGACAAUGCAGGAGUGAAUUCGGGACAAGUCUCUGAAUGUCCUUGAGUUGCCCAGACAGAGCACGGACUUGAACCCGAUCUAACAUCUCUGGAGAGACCUGAAAAUAGCUGUGCAGCAACGCUCCCAAUCCAACCUGACAGAGCUUGAGAGGACCUGCAGAGAAUAAUCCUAGUUAAAUUGCCUGGUUAAAUAAAGGUUAAAUAAAAAAAAUAAUAUAGGUGUGCCAAGCUUGUAGCGUCAUACCCAAAAAGACUCGGUAAUCGCUGUCAAAAGUGCUUCAACAAAGUACUGAGUAAAGGGUCUGAAUACUAAGGUAAAUGUUAUUUUUUAAUUUUUAAUUUGUCAUGAAUUUGCUAACAUUUCUAAAAACCUUUUUUUUGUCAUUAUGGGUGUAGAUUGAUGUGGGGGGAAAAAAAUAUAUAAUACAUUUUAGAAUGAGGCUGUAACGUAACAAAAUGUGGAAAAACGUCAAGGGAUCUGAAUUCUUUCCGAAGGCACUGUAUAUAUAUAUACAGAAACAUAUCUUUAUACACAACAUAAACAUAUAUAAAAUAUCUAUCUCAGACAACAUAAAUCACAACCAAUAUUGUUAUUGUGCCUAACGGAAACAUAUGUAAAUGUAUCCAAAAAGCUGUGCUUAUUGCACGAUUACAAUUCUUUGAUCUGAAAGUUGAAUGUCAUGUUUACAGUAUAGCUAUGUAAUCUUAAUCUUGAUCUUGUCAGACUGUGAACCAAAAUUAACUUGCUGUUACAAUCUCAUCUAACGCUGAGAUGAGGUAACAUGAGGCUUUGUCAUGCAUUGUCAAGUUUUAGGACACUUUUUUAAGCUAUGUUCGGAGAUGGAUUUGGUCCUCUGGCUGUGGCACCAUGAUUUAGCAGCCAAUUUUUUCCCUCCAUGUUUGUUUCUUGUUUAAACAGUGGGAAUGUUACUGUUGUUGACAUUUUCGAUCCUUUGUUACCACAGUCAAAGUAGAGCUGGUGUCAACAAGAUGAAUGGUUAUAGAGUAAGAGGGUGUUAUCUGUUUUGAAUGCAGUAUGAGAAUGUAUCAGUUAUAAAUUAUACAUUAUUGUUUUUCAGAUGCAACUUGUGGUGAAGUAGUGAUUGAUAAAUGUGUUGUCUUAGCUUUCUGGAAUGUAAGAAGUUUAUUCACAGUAGAAAGUCAUUUUUUAGGUAGAAAAACACAUCUAAUGACCUAUUACACUUACAGCCUUCCAGACUGCUGCUCAGAGACACUCCCAGAAUCCUUCACUCCAGCCAGUUUAGGCCAUGCCAGAAGUUUUGAUACCUUAAUGCUGUAUGUUUCUUUUUUAUUAUUUUAUUUAUGUUCUUAUGGUCGUUUAGCCAUAGCAGUAUAUAUUUAAAGUUAUACUAGAAUCAGUAAUACGUGCUGGGAAAGAGUGUUACCGUCUGCUUUAGUUUAUUGUAGUUGUAAAACUGUUAUAUUUGCAUGUAGAAUAUACAGACAAUCAAUGUCGAGAUCAUACGAGAUCAUCAGAUGGGAAAUAUUUAUUACUGGAAAUUGUAAAUGUUCUCCUGUACUUUCAAGUGCCUCUGAAAUUAUAUCAUGUUUAAUGAAGUGCCUUUCUGAAUGUACCUAAAUUGAUAUACUCUGUAAAUAAAUGUAUUUAGUUAAACCAGGCUCUGCUCGUUAUUUCUGAUUGUGAGGUGGUCUGAUAUGCAACUGAUUUACUCCUUUCCUCUUUCAACAUUUUAAUGCUUGUAUUCAACAUAAUAAAGUCAUUUUUGCGUUACUGUUCAACACUA